AUGCCUCUGAAACGACGGCUCCCUCGGUCCGUCUCGGCGCCCGUCUUCGAAAAGAUCUCACGCCGAAACGUCAUCGACAUUUUGACAAUCAAACUUCGGGAUUUCUUGCCGUUCAGCAGUAAGUCCUCGAUUUUUAGACCCAUUUUUAUGCAGUCCUCUGGCAAAUUAGAGUUUUACUUGAACAAUCAUGAAUACAAACUUGAAACUGUGAAGUUUUUUGUGAGAAAACGUGUUCGUCGAACACAUUUAAAAGGCAAUGUCUGAGAACCUCGAAAUUCGCUAAUUACACCAGGUCACUAAAAAUUCAGAAUGCUUCAAUUUGUCCCAUAUUAUACCCAAUGGGUACUUACAUAACAGUCAUACAUCAGACAAGUUUUGGUCCGGCUCCGUGGUCCCUAGUCCGAUCACGAUCCCAAAAAAGGUAAAAACUGUAACUAAUUUCAAAAAAAUUCUAGCGUCUCAGACUCAACACCAUUCGAUUUCUCGCAUCUUUUUAAGCAUUUUUCAUGUUGGCACCAAAAAUUUAGCACCUCUCCUUCAUGGAGAAAAAUAUUGUUUUGUGACAUUUUUCAGAACAUUUUUCAGUUUUCUGCUCGUCCUGAAAAAUUUUAACACUACAUAGCCAUGAUUUUAUUGCUGAUUCUGAAUCUAGACGUUAUUGUGCGUCGGCAAAAAAAAAGUUCACCCCGAUCCUGAUUGACAUCAAGGGGUUUUUAGGCCGAAGUUCACAAAAUUCGUAGUACUUUUUGCAUGGAAAAAAAUGUUCGCGAACUUGAGAAAAAGUGCGUUUUUCUCAAUUUUUCUAAAGGGGUCUGGUUGCGAUUUUUGUUGUUUUUCGUAUACUUUUUAGGCAUUCUCGAUUUUUUUGGAAGCAUUUUUGAAAAAUUAAUAAAAAAAUUAGACCAAGUCGUCGACCCGGGGGUCAUGACAAAAAUUUUCGAGAAAAAAAUUAAUUUUCGAAAUGCUUCAAAAAAAUCAAGAAUGCCUAAAAAGUAUACGAAAACAACAAAUAUCGCGAUCAGGCCCCUUUGAAAAUUGAGAAAACGCACUUUUCUCAAGUUCGCGAACAUUUUUUUCCAUGCAAAAAGUACUCUAAAUUUUGUGAAUUUCGGCCAAAAAAACCCCCUUUGAUGUCAAUUGGGAUCGGGGUGAACUUUUUUUUUGCGGAAGCACAAUAAUGUCUAGAUUCAGAAUCAGCAAUAAAAUCAUGGCUAUGUAGUGUUAACAUUUUUCAGGACGAGCAGAAAACUGAAACAUUUUCUGAAAAAUGUCACAAACCAAUUUUGUUCUCCAUAAAGGAGAGGUGCCAAAUUUUUGGUGCCAACAUGAAAUAUACUCAAAAAGAUGCGAAGAAUCCAAUGGCGUUGAGUCUGAGACGCUAGCAUUUUUUUGAAAUUAGUUACAGGUUUGACCUAUUUUGUGACCGUGAUCGGACUAGGGACCACGGAGCCGGACCAAAACUUGUCUGAUGUAUGAUUGUUAUGUAAGUACCCAUUUGGUAUAAUAUGGGACAAAUUGAAGCAUUCUGAAUUUUUAGUGACCUGCAGUAUUUGAACUUCUCAGACAUUGCCUCUUAAUUCGCUGCCAAUUAUCGGGCGAAAGGGAUGAGCUGAAAAUUCGAGGAAAAUGACGAUUGUCGCGUUGGAAAAUCGGAAAUGAUUCGAGUUUUUGGCGCGCAAAAGUUUGUGUGUUUUUCAGAGAAUUCAUGAAUAUUUUGAGGGAGGUGAUAUCACGAAAAGAAUUCGUCCAGAUCAGGGGUGUGCGGAAAAUAUUUCGAUUUUCCGAAAUUUUCCGAUUUUCCGAGAAAUUUUCGGAAAAUUUUCCGACGGAAAAUUUUCCGAAAAUGUUCGGCAAAAUUUUCGGAAAAUUAGUGUGGAUUCAAGGUCAAUUUGUCCGAAACCACCGUAUGCUUUUUAAAGGAAAAAAAAAUUCACAGCUUCCACGGAAAAUUUUUCUGUACUCCCGCAACGACUGCAGAAACGGAGCGACUCUUUUUAACCGCGCGUCUCAUUCUCACUGACAAUCGGAAAACACUGGACCCGGAGAGCUUCUCUCGGCUAAUUUUUUUGCAAAAAAAAUAUUCCAUUGCUUGGCUUCCGCCCACUCAAGUGAUUUCAAAUCAUAAUAAGCAUUUUUUUGUAUUAGAACGUUGUUUAAACACUUUAUUGAACCAAUGAACAAGUGAGUUCCGAUUUUUCCGAUUUUUCCGAAAUUUUCCGAAAAAAAAAAUUCGGAAAACCCGAUUUUCCGAAAUUUUCCGAAAAAAAAAAUUCGGAAAAACCGAUUUUCCGAAAUUUUCCGAAAAAAAUUUUCCGCACACCCCUGGUCCAGAUUGGAACAGUACGAGAGAAGAAAAUGAAACGGAGAAGAGGGAUAGCAAAGAAGCGCUUUGUUUUGAGUUCCACUCAAUUUGAGGAGGAAUUGAAACAGUUUUCUCGACAGAAAAGUUGUAAAACAAUUUUUCCCAUUGUUUUCAGUUUCACUAUUCUAUGCCUUUGCUUUCCGUUUUCGCCUCCAAAAAAAAAAAGACACCGAAAAAGUGUCUAAUCCCUUGAUUCUUCCCUCUAAAUUGUCGCGUUUUGGUGUGCGUUUUGAGAUGGAUUACAAAAACGGACGUUUUCUCAAUUUUUCGGUGUUCUUCAGCUGAUUUUGUCAGCCAUUUUAAGAGUUUAAGCAACGUUCAAGUUUUAGGGCCACUCUGAAACAGGUUUAAUUUUCCCUCUCGCCCUCUAAUCCUUCCCCAUCGAUAUUGUCGGUUUCGGCGUCUCCCACCACUAUUUUCGCUUAAUUAAUUCGUCGUCGUUGUGCUCUUUGCAAACCACUUGAGAGCAGAUGACGUGCCGCAAAAUGGCCAGAAAAGGUCUCUGGGGGACGGUUUUUCAGGGGCGCGCCCUCUCGAUUCGGCCACUUUUGACGCCGUCUUUUCGGGGGCAGAAACUCGAGGGAUCAGAGUGUUUCGGCAACUUUUUGGUGAGAAUUUGUGGCGUAGAGUGGGUCAAAAUAUGGUCCCCUGUCCGGAACAGAAUAGAAAAAGAAAAAGUGCUGGCAAUGACACCCCUCUCGCACGCAUUUUAUGUCCAUAAUUGACAUUCCGAGCGACAAAAAACAAAAAAACAAAAACAAUUAGGCGGAGAGCGAGUUAAUUCGAUUACUGUGAGCCAGACAGACGGUCGAUAGUGUGCGCAAAAAUUACAGUUUCUGAAAGGUCUCUUUUUCUCUAAUAACCAACCAUUUUUUUUGAAAACUGACGACUUUUCCGAUAAAAACGUUGACCAACUUUAGCGGGAUUCGGCAAAUUGAAAUUUGAAUGGAAUCGUUCUGAAACGGUCCCCAUGAAACCGAAAAAAAACUAUUCUGUCCUGUUUCACAGAACUGACAAGUCUUCGGACCUUCUAAUACGCAGAUUUCGCCUUCAUCCCAUUUGAAGUUAAUUUUGGUGACAAAAGUCGAAAGACGUUCAUUCAAACCGAUGUAUCUCGGUUGCCGCUGAAGAUAUCAAAAAGGUGUCAACUAAUAAAAUGUUCAUUAAUCAAUUCUAUACAUUUUAUCAGUUGACAUCUUUUUGAUAUCUCAACUGGCAGCCGAGAUACAUUGGUUUGUGUUCCAACUGAAAAAGUUCACUGUUUCACACAGUUGACGAAUACGCUUCCAUUUUAUUUGUUCCAUUUGGCCCCAUUCCUUGCGACAUUCGGUACCUAAUAUAGUUCCAAAUGAAAAACUGCCCAUUUUCCGGUGCUAAACGUUCAAAAAUCGUUAAAACUUUGGCGAGUCAUCCCGCCCGCAGACAUCAUUAUUAUCGUGUUCUGAUAACUUCCGUCCCAAUGACUAAUCGCUUUUUUCGGGGCAAAAACACGUACAAAAAACGCGUGGAAGGAUAAUAGCGAAAACUUGGACUCCCCAAUAGAUUUAAAGAGCAGAGAAAUGGAAAGUAGUGAGCAACCGAAAAAACUAAAUAUUAUCCGUUUCAAAGUGCUCGCAAGGUUUCUCAAUAUCGACAUAAAUCCCUGGAAAGCGUGGAGAAGAGCGAUCAGAUAUCAUUAUGAAUCAUGUAUUUGAAGCCUUUCUCGAACAACAAGUACUGGAAAUCGUGUCUAGAAUGCGACGAUUACAAAACAUUGAUGUUUCGGUAGAGUAACAACAUCUGUGGGUGAAAUUUGAAUAUUACUUGUGUCCAAAUGUCUUUUUCUGUUGCUCACUCUCCAUUUCACUUUCCAAAUCAUCUUCAAUUCGUUUAAAUGAUUCUAUUUUUCAUGCAUUUCGAGACUCUCUUCCGCUGCUUCCCGUCUCGUUUUGCCACGUCAUCAUCGGCGCUCACCUUGAGGCGGAAGAGCUCGUAAAAAAGAAAAAUGGAUAAUAUAAAAACGUCAAUCUCCCGGCGCCCUCACUUCAAUUCUCUUGAAGAUGAACGUGGAUAAAUUGUGCAUUUUCAGGCUGUUCUUGAACUUUUUCCGCGUUUUUUUCUGCUUACAGGCCUUUCAAUCUACAAGUUUUCAGUCUUCUAGACCUAGAUUUGAGCCAGUCCUUUCGCUGUGUGAAAGGUGUCAAAAGUCAGCUCGCUUCCGAUGAGGCCCCGCCCCUUUUUCGAGGUCUUCUUGCUCUCCCGCUCCGUCUCUCUCUCUCUCGUUUUCCGUCCGGCGCCAUUCUCGAUUCAAUUCAUCUCGAUUUCCACUCACUUCUGUUUAUUUAGACGGCGGCGGCGAAGGCGACGUAAGAGAAGAAGAGGCAGUCCCUUUUUUGUGUGUGUGUGUGUGUGUGAGCGCGCAUUUCUCACUUUUUAUUCGUCCGUCACUAGACUCUACUCAUCCCUUCCGUUUAAUCCACGCAAUGAGAUCACCAAGGAAACUGCUCAAACAGCUGAGCAUCUCUAGAGGUGAGCCUGAGAAAGUCUGGGCCUCGGUAAAAGCCUAAAAGCCUGAAACUGACCUCAAAGAAGCGGGAAAAAUCGCUUUAAAAAAUAGUCUACAAACCCUUUGAAAAGCCCCCUGUGAGACGGCCACCCGCUUCCAGAGAGCCCAUUAAAAUAAGCGGCGGUUGGCCGGCCUGUGUGACCUCAUUGAGUUUAGUAAAUUGCUGACUGGCAGAGCAUAGCGGAGCAGUGAAAAGCGAAACGAAUGUUUUGCUUGCUUGCUGCCAGAAUAGAUAGAACGGACCGCUCAAUUCAAUUGGAUUAAACCGUCAAACUGAGCGCUCGAAGAGCAAUUUUCUUCUCUCAUUUUAGCUUUUACGGCUUCAAAAAUCGGUUAGAACGCGUUGGUUUCCACGCGUUCACACAACGGAGCGAUAUAUCGCAAAAAUUGAUAAAAUAGUCGAACGCUUUUCGAUAUCGCUACUACUCAUAUUUUAAAAAGGGUGAUCAAAAAGCAUAGCAAAAGCCGCAAUCUUUAUCAGUUUCGUGAAACUGUGAAGCCCUUUUCGGUCCAAAAAUCUAGUCGAACGGGAAAUGCGGGACUUUGACCCUUCGAGCCGGAUGCCGGGGCUCGUCGAAAUCGGAUAUGUCUGUGGUUUUGACUAUUAUAGGGGCACCGCACAGAAAUGGCGCUCUGUUGAGAAACUCAUUUUGCAGUGCAAAUUGAGCGACCUCGGGGCCGAGUUUGAAAAGUUAGGCCACGUUUUCAGUGGAAAAUUACUUCGGCCAGAUUGCGAACAGCGCGCCCUUUCUGUCCGGUGCCCCUAUAAUGUGUUCGCGUAAUCGUUUAUCUAAUUGUUCGCCUGAUUUGGAAGGCAUUUGAAACAGUACAAACUUUGAAAAAUCAUAUAACCACACUCGGCUCAAAAUCACGGAAAAAUGUUGGCAAUCGCCUUCAAUUCACGCCCCAUGCCCUACGUGAUUUCUAUAACAAGUUGCUCUAGAAAAAGUUGAACAUCAUGGAUUUCUCGGUGCAUGAAAGGAAAAAGAGCCGGAGCAAAUGGAUGAAGGGGAUUGGAUUAGGGCCGUGUUGACGUCAUGGGCAGAAAAAACGGGAAAAAGAGAUGAGAAGGAGGCGGAUAAUGACUUGCCGAACACGGGGACCAAGUUUGGGAAUGCAAAAUGUGAAAAUGGAAAUUUCAGGAGAGCGUCGUCGCCGUUCCAACGAAAAUCAGUCGAACGGAAACGGAAGCACUCCGCCCUCGUCGGCGAAUAACAUUUCGGCGAACGCUCCGCCGUCGCCGCGCCUCAGAUCCGCCGGAGUGGACGGAAAUCGGAGGUACGAAAAUUAGUCAAGAAUUCCGCCGAAAAUCGGCUGAAAAGCGAGCAAGCAUCUUUUUUUUAAAGCGAAAUUCUAGCGACACAUUUGAAUUUUUCCCGCUUGUCUGCACUCUGACGUGACGGUGAACACUGCGUACCUUGCACCGUAAUUGACGACAAAUGCUAAAAAGCGCUCUUUUUGCUCAAAUUUUGCGGGAAACGACAGAAUUCUGGCGUGAUUUCUAAGAAAAUCGACAGAAACAUUUACUUUUUACCACUUUUUUAUCGGGUUUUACCCAGAAACCCAUCAAAAACGGUUUCGAAGCCAGAAAUUAUUCCUUGAAUCAAAAUUUAAAGUUAUUUAGUGCCAGAACGUUGUGUCAAAGCGUUUUUAUUGAAAAAUCUAUACCUGGCCAAUUAUAAACGUUCUUAAGACGGAAAACUGAAAAUCUGUGCAUUUUUUGCCUGCUUCAUCACUUUGUCAAGUUUUUUGAGCCAUUUUCACAUUUUAGUAAACGCCUAUGCCUAUAGAUUCCAAUACAAUUUGCCCAAUUUCCAUAGUCUAUUAUUGACGUCAACAGACAAUAGCGUCGGCCGAAAUUUCCGAUUCGAAAGUUCCUCGUCCCGCUCUUUUCCAUUUCCGUUUUUGUGCCCUAAGGCGUCGGCGCCCGAAAAAUGUUUGAAAUUUGAUUCUAUUUUCCAUGAAAAGCGAGUCUUUUGGGAGUAUACUGACUGACUGGAAAUGCAAUUGGCCGCCAAAGUGGAUUUUCUGAUUUUUUUUUUGUGCGGGCGCGCGCUCGGGGGAUGUGAGUCAUGAGAAUAUGAGUUUCUUCGGUUUCUGAGGGACCAGUUCACGUGGGCCGCGUUUUGUUUUUCACACUGAUUUCACGGAUCCCGUUUACAGUUUGUCAAAGUUCGCAACUUUCCGCUUCAGAACCUACAUAAAACCGUAAUUGUUUGCUCCACAAUCAUUCGUAACUUUUUUUCAUCAACGCGCCGUCGUAAUGCCCCGAGAUGACUACAGGAGACAGCGCGGAAAUAGAAAAAAUUGAGGGAAAAUCAAAUAUUCAAAGUGCACAAAGUUAGGAAUAUCACGGCGACCAAAAGUGUAGAAAGGGGCGUGGCCUAAUCUGUCAAAAUCAAAAAGUGCGUAAUGAUUAAAUUAACAAAGUUAUGCAAUUACAUCGUCGAAAUCGUACAAAAUUUGGGUAAUUUUUGACGGAAAACAUGAAAAAUUGGGUUAAAUUUCGAAUUUCGCGCCAAAAUGGUGAUAAACCGUGCACGCUAGGCCACGCCCCUUUCUACGUUUUUGGUCGCCGUGGGAAUAUCGUUAGAAUUCCGCUAAAAACGAUGUUUAACUGUUUACAAAGUUUUGAAACACAAUUUCAAUGUAAGACGUUCUAUUGUUAAUAUGUGUAACAGCUACCAAACAGUUCUAAAACAGUGCUGAAACAGAGCAAAAACAGAGUUCGUUGCAGUCCGAACGAGUGGCAAUUCGCGUUCGACCACGUGAUCUACGACGUCGACGGCCGUGCCCAGUUCACAAAGUUCUUGCAGUCCGAGUAUUCGGAGGAGAAUAUUCUCUUCUGGUAAGUUCAAUAAUAUCAUUUUCUUUGACUUCUCUAGACCUUGGAUCAAAGUAUCUUGGGUCCAAGAUUCAGAUCGAUCUGAUCUAGGGACCCGAAUAUACUUGCAUCCAAGUCCAAUCGUGGUCCCGAUUCGAUUACUCAAUUCCAUGAUUUCAGGUGGGCCGUCGAGGAACUGAAGGCGGUCGGGGUGUCGGAGGGCCGCGCAAAGUUCGAGUCGACCGUCCAGGAGAUGUACGACACUUUUAUCGCCGCCGAAUCGCCGCUCGCCAUCAACAUCGACCACGACACGAGAACCGAUAUCAUCGGAUUGUGAGUCCGCGCUUUCAAUUUUAUGUGUGUGGGAGGGGGAGGUUAAAAGGGAUUUGAAACGGAAAAGUUUUCCGACAGAUUGCCACCUAAAUUUUGAUCAGACCUGCCUGAAACAGUGUUUUCUAGUGGAAAAAAGGACGCUCUUUCAUCCCAUUCAUCAAUUUUCUCACGAGCUCAAAAAGAGUCAAAAGUCAUACGGGGGGCGAGCACAAAUUUGCGAUUCUGGAUGAAAGUUAAACAACAGCAAAAAAGACAAUACUGAUAUUGUAGAGUCGAGGGAAAAGAGCCGUCGACAUUCCCGGAAAACAUUUACGAACGCGCGCAGGCUCACGUCUACCGUCUUAUGGAAAAGGUGAGUUAAUCGAAAAGCAGCAGAUCACGGUUUCAGAAGGUUCUGAAAUUGGGAACUUUUUUCCCCGUUUUUUCAGUGCAAUUCAAGAGCAUCGCGUAUUUACGUCAAAUUGAGGGAAAAUGUUUCGCAAAAAGUGCUGAACUUUCUGAGCGAAAUGUUUUAUGCUAACUUUUUGACGUUCUCGCCGACCUGGGCAUUUUUAUGAAAAUCCGCUAAUGCGCUUCGAUUCAGAAUGCCAAAAAAGCGCCGCACUGACGCACAAAAGUACGCUUAAUUUUGAGGCUAGUGUUGUGUCCAGGCGCGGUGUCAUUUGGUCAAGUUUUAGCCGAGCCGCAAGCGAAAAUUCGUUCGAAAAGCCGCAAUUUUCCAUCAAAAACCCUCAAAUUCGCCCAUUUCAGGACUGUUUCUCUCGUUUCGUGCACACCAACGCCUACAAGGACGUGGCGAAGAAACUGUCGCUUCCGCAAACGUUUCGCUUCAAUUGCAUUCGCCUUUCGCCGGGCGCCGCCAACUGA